UCGUAUUGAAUGCAGGUCUAGGUCGCGAUACUCAGAAUAUUAGAAUUAUAACAUGUGCAGACAUUGGAAGACGGUGAAAGCAUGUUUUACGCCACGCCUAAACGUCUGGAUCCCAUUCAUAUAAAAGGUGUCACUUCAUUUUUUAGCAUUAGUACACAUCAAACGUUCAAAAAAAUCACUAACAUGGCUUUCCAAUUCGUAGUUCUCGCAGCUUUUGUAGCUGUAGCCAAUGCUGGAGUCAUCGGUUACGAACCUCACCAUGCUCAGCACUACUCCGAUGCCACUGCAGUGUCGUACUCCAGCGUAUCUGCGCCUGUUGAUGUCCACCAUGCCGCUCCAAUCAGAUACGCCGCACCUCUAGUCAAAUACGCAGCACCGGUAGUCAAAUACGCCGCACCUGUAGUCAAAUACUCAGCGCCAGUUGUCAAAUACGCUGCUCCGGUAGCGUACGCUGCCCCGCAUCACCAUGAACAUGAGGAAUACUAUGCCCCAGCUCAGUACGAAUUCGCUUACAAUGUGCAGGAUCCUCAUACCGGCGACAGCAAGGAACAGCACGAGCACCGUGAGGGUGACGCAGUCCACGGCAGCUACUCCCUCAUCGAAGCUGACGGAACCAAGCGCAUUGUAGAAUACACAGCUGAUGACCACAACGGUUUCAAUGCGGUAGUUCACAAGGAAGGAACCGCAGUUGUAAAAGCCGCAGUACCAGUUGUUGCCAAGUACGCAGCUCCUGUGGUCGCUAAAGUUGCUGCCCCUGUAGCUUAUGCCGCUCCCUUGGCUUACGCUGCCCCUGUCGCCAAGUACACGUAUGCUGCGCCAUCUCACGGACACUACUACCAUUAAAGUCAUGUAGGAAUAAAACGUGUUAUGUUGUAUAUAUUUAUUUAUUUAUUGUGUUAAUAAAUUGAGCAAAUAUUACA